AUGGCAGAGGAGCAACUCAACAAAGUCGAGACGGAGGCUUCCGAGGAAAAGGUUGAAGCUCCAAACGACGUAUCGGAGGAGAAAGCGCUUCUCGUAGUUGAAAACUCAGAAGCAGCUGAGGAGAAAAACCCAGAGGGCUCUAUAAACAGAGAUGCUGUACUUGCCCGGGUUGCGACAGAAAAGAGAUUUUCUUUGACAAAAGCAUGGGAAGAAAGCGAGAAGUCGAAGGCUGAAAAUAAGGCCCAAAAGAAAAUAUCUGCAAUUGGAGCUUGGGAGAACAGUAAGAAGGCGAAUUUAGAGGCGGAGCUGAAGAAGAUUGAGGAGCAACUGGAGAAGAAGAAAGCAGAACAGAUAGAGAAGAUGAAGAACAAGGUUGCUCUAAUCCACAAGCAAGCGGAAGAAAAACGUGCAAUCGUUGAAGCCAAACGUGGUGAAGACCUUCUCAAAGCAGAGGAAGUAGCAGCAAAAUAUCGAGCAACCGGAACAGCUCCAAAGAAACUGCUUGGCUGUUUUUAA